AUAUCGAAGUGUCACGUGCUGGGGCCCUCCGUUCCGUCCGCAGUUCGUUUCCCCUCUCAUUUUCUUCCUCGCCACGGUGAUUGAACUAAAGAAUAUGAUUAUGAAGAAGAAUAAGACGAAGACUCUUAAUUCAAAAGCUUCUGGUUAACUCCCACAACAAGAAUCUACCGAACCAAUUCGUCGAAAACGCAAGAACCAAAAAAGCCUUUUAGCUUUCUUUCUCAGACUUUUCAGAUUUUACCGGAAGAUUUCCAGGGGUUCCAGCUGCUUAAGUAAAUUUAUGGGUUAACCAUUCUUGUCCUUCUGAGUACUCUAUAGAGUACUAGUGGACUGCAAACGGGAGCUCUUAUCAAAUCUUCUCAAUGGGCGACUCAUUACAAAGUUCUAAGUUAAGCAGAAGCUCUGAAGCGACCAGUGUCUCAAUUGCAAAAAAGGCGUCUAAAAGAAGUUUAAUUGCUUCUCGCUCUAGAGCUGCUUUACAUAAUCCUUUGAGGCACAUAGCUUCAGUAAGCCAUGGUAUAUUUGUAAACGGUGCAGUUGGUAACUCAGCAUUGUUUUUACUCAAACUUGUUGCAUUAGAGACAGUACGGAGGUUUUCAAUGGCCAAAUGUCCAUUUGCAUGGCGUGGUCUUCAGACGCUGCAACUUCUUUGCUAUCCACCAUUUAAGUGGAUUCAGAGAUGGGCUCCCUUCAAGAGUUUGGUGGAAGGCAUGCAGAUGCUGUCAAGGCCUAUUCUAGUCCUUUCAAUUGCAUCAGCUUUGUCUGAUGAAGCAGUGUGUACAAGUGGAACCUCAGAUGAUACCAGUGAUUCUCAUACAUAUUCAGAACCAUCUUCAGAACCAUCUUCAGAGCAAUCCUCUGUACAGUCUAAUAUGGAUACAAGGACUACUGACGGAUCGCCUCAAAGUCUGGCAUCUGAAAUGUGGAUGAUACAACUGCAUAAAGAACUGAAAAACCAAGGGAUUUGUUUGCCAGAAAGAAUUAAUGAAGAUGAGCUCCAUAGAUUUUACACUGCCACUAAUGGUGACUUUACGUGCUUGCUCUCAUCAAUUAAGAAGACAAUCCGCUGGAGGGAGACUUACAGGAUUCUUUCAGCACAAGAACUUGAAAUGUGGUCAGAUAUGGUUUUCUGGCAUGGAUUUGAUGUGAAGCACCAACCAUGCCUCAUAGUACGACUUGGACUUGCCUGUGUCACCUUGCCAUCUCAUGAGAAGCCUCGGUUUGCUCAAGCAAUCAUAUCUCAGGUAGAGCAUGGAGUCCUGCAUUUAGUUCACGGAGAAAAUUCACAAAUUAUAGUUCUGGUGGAUUGUGAAGGGUUAUCUCCUCUGAAAGUUCCAAUGCAAAUGUUGAGAUCCUGUUCUUCCCUUUUGCAAGAUCAUUUCCCAAACCGUCUUGGCUGUUUGUUUGUCAUACGUCUUCCUCCGGUUGUUCGUGUUAUUGCUCAAACUUUUAUUCAAGUUCUGAAGCCCGUCACUCGAAAAAAGUUGAAAGUUGAAGGAGAGAUGUACAAGAAGGUUCUUUCUGAGUACCUUCAGACACUACCAUCUUAUAUUGGUGGUAAAUGCACGUGCACAAAAUGUUCAACCACAAAUAGGAUGAACAUGAUUGAUCCUAUUGCAGUAAUGACCGACGGUGCGGAUCCAUAUGCACGCCAUCUAGUGGAUGAGAUUGAUAUUAACCUGAAUGGGAACUGUGACCAGGUAUUGAGAACUGCCAUAAUAAGCAUCCUGAUGUUGUGGGUUUUCAUAGCCGUUGUUGCUGGACUAUUUGAUCCUGAAAGCCGUCCUUUUUUGCGUCCUUGAAAUAAGCCUAGCAGUGGAUAUUGUCUCUAAUCAUCAUCUCUAAGUUUUUAGCAAUUAGCUAUAUCUGCUUUUUUAGUUGUCAAAUUUUGUAAUAAUCGAUGUUGUGUGAGUUAAGCAUUAUUAUUCCUCUAAUAUAUGUAUAUGUACGUGUAGUAACUUUAUAGAUGGGAUAAAAUAUGAUUAGGUGUACCCCAUUAAUACACCUAUUUUCAUGUA